AUAAUAAUUUACUGCAUCACUGAAUACCGUGACAUGACCCUCUCAAACAUCCCCCCAUUUGACAUUCAGAAGUUUCCUAUUGGAUUUGGAAUCAUCGUGUUCAGCUACUGUGCUCACGCAGUGUUUCCUGGUGUGGAAGGUAGCAUGAGGGAACCAAAACAAUUCCCAAUGAUGAUGAAUUCUGCGUUUGCUCUUGCUGCAGUGGUCAAGGUUCUACUUGGUUUGUUGGCUGUUCUGCGAUUCGGCGCUGAUACUGAACAAGUCAUCACUGUCAACAUGGGCAUCAGCCCCAUCUUCAACAUGGUUGCCACAGUCCUGGUCGUCACAAAUGUCUUCCUGGCCUUCCCUAUCUGCAUGUUUGUUGUCUUAGAAACAUGGGACACCAAGGUGCUACCUUUUUUCCCACAUCUUAGCAAGGAAAGUGGCUACCAUUGGUUCUGGAUCCUGAUCACACGGGUCAUGCUUCUAACUUUUGCCUUGUUCCUUGCAGUUAUUGUUCCGCACUUUGCCCUGUUGAUGGGUCUUGUUGGCAGCUUCACUGGUACAUGCCUUUCCUUUGUGUUUCCCUGCGUUUUUCAUCUGACCUUGAAGUGGAGGAAAACUCCUUGGUACAGCAUUGUGGUCAAGAUUGGGGUGAUCGUAUUUGGCUUAGUAUGUGGUGCAUCUGGUUUGUUCUUCUCAGGAAGAGAGCUUGGAAGAGCAUUCUCUUUCCAGAACUAA